AUGGAGAAACAGAGAACUGGGAUUCAGACUGAUUUGGAAGUAUUGCGAAAUGAAAGAGAGGAGUUUGACAAGCGCGUUAACGAGACGAUGGAAACCAUGCAGCAAUUGUCUCAGCCGCAACACACAACAGUUUUGUUCCGAGCACGGGGGGUUGCCGAUUACACUCUGACAACUAAAAACCAGAUCAUUAUCUUCACCGAAAUGCUUUACAAUGUUAGUGGAGGCUACAAUCCUGCAACUGGAAAAUUUACAGCACCAUUCACGGGUAUCUACCUUUUCACUGUUCACCUAUGCGCUGCACACUCUGGAAGUAUCUUCUACGCUAUUAUUACCAAUGGAGAGCAGGUAGCAAAUGGACAUACGUACAGGGUUUCGGGAUGGGUUUGUGUUUCAGGAGACACCAUAGUACAGCUUGGUGUCAAUGACGUCGUCUACGUCAAAACCACUUACACAGCAGACGUACUUUUACAAAGCGGACUGAACGAUGAUUUUGACGCAAAGUCUAAUUCUUUUCAAGGCUUCCUUCUAAAGUAG